CCACAGGGCACCUCUCCUGGAGCUCCUGGAGCCCCUGCUGCUGCCAUUUGAGUGCCACCUCCCCGGAACGUGGCAGCCCCACCGGGAGCACGUCUCCUGGCUGACGCCCAGCUGCAGCGCCCGGCCUCCGCCCUACCUCCGCGGGCUUCGCAAGAAUAGAUCGUGUCCGGGUCCACUCCUUAAUCCAGGCUGUGAAAUAACCACCUGGGCACGAGCCUGUGACCAUCACAGCUGCUGACUCGUUCCGAGCGCUUGCUGUGUCCAUCUGGUGCCAGCCCACGGGCUCCACGGGUGUUAACGCAUUUAAUUCCCAGAAGCCUUGGGAAGUAGGUGCUGAAGGCGCCCAUUUCAUAGAUGAGAAAACUGAGGCACAGAAGUGAGUUGGGGUUAAACCCAGGCAGGUGUGUCUGAACCCUGAGUGGACAGCACCCACCGCCACCUGUGAGGACAGAGGCUGGCCGCACCCCACGGACUGGCAGAAGCCAGGUUCCACCCUGAAAACGCGAUGCUGUGCGUCCCGAGCCGGCCAGUGGGGACCUGUUCUGCCCAGGUCUCUGGCCGCCACCUUUGCUCUCUCUUGCAGGUGUCCACCCCGCAGGGUUCCUGACCCACCUCAGAAGGCAGCACCCACCAGACUCCGGUAGGGCCGGACUCCGCAGACCUGCUUCGGCAAUGGGUAACGAGGAGCUGUGGGCCCAGCCAGCCUUGGAGAUGCCGAAGAGACGGGACAUCCUUGCGAUUUUCCUCAUCGUGCUGCCUUGGACGCUGCUGGUCACCGUGUGGCAUCAGAGCACCACCGCGCCCCUGCUCACCGCACACGAGGAUGACGGCAGCGAUCCCCGACGCGAGGCGCCACCCGGCGUGGACCCCAGGGAGUACUGCAUGUCCGACCGCGACAUCGUGGAGGUGGUGCGCACCGAGUACGUGUACACGCGGCCCCCGCCCUGGUCCGACACGCUGCCCACCAUCCACGUGGUGACGCCCACCUACAGCCGCCCGGUACAGAAGGCUGAGCUGACGCGCUUGGCCAACACACUGCUGCACGUGCCCAACCUGCACUGGCUGGUGGUGGAGGACGCACCGCGCCGCACGCCGCUGACCGCGCGCCUCCUGCGCGACACCGGCCUCAACUACACGCACCUGCACGUGGAGACGCCGCGCAACUACAAGCUGCGCGGGGACGCGCGCGACCCGCGCAUCCCGCGGGGCACCAUGCAGCGCAACCUGGCCCUGCGCUGGCUGCGUGAGACCUUCCCGCGCAACUCCAGCCAGCCCGGCGUCGUGUACUUCGCGGACGACGACAACACGUACAGCUUGGAGGUUUUCGAGGAGAUGCGCAGCACCAGGCGGGUGUCCGUGUGGCCCGUAGCCUUCGUCGGCGGCCUUCGGUACGAGGCCCCGAGGGUCAACGGGGCCGGGAAGGUGGUCGGCUGGAAGACUGUGUUCGACCCCCACCGGCCGUUUGCAAUAGACAUGGCGGGGUUUGCGGUCAACCUGCGGCUCAUUCUGCAGCGAAGCCAGGCCUACUUCAAGCUCCGCGGCGUGAAGGGAGGCUACCAGGAAAGCAGCCUCCUGCGAGAACUUGUCACCCUCGGUGACCUGGAGCCCAAGGCGGCCAACUGCACCAAGAUCCUGGUCUGGCACACGCGGACGGAGAAGCCGGUGCUGGUGAACGAGGGGAAGAAGGGCUUCACUGACCCCAUGGUGGAGAUCUGAGCCCCAGGACACAGGAGCCCCCUUCUCAGACCUGCUCCUGGCCACCUGUGCUCCCCACGCGGGUGGUCCCUCCGAGGCGGACUCCUGUGGAAUCGCCGUCACCCUCCUUUCUACUCUGGGGCCUUCAGAGAGACCAGCCUGCUGCCAGG